AUGAAUCUGCAGAAGAAACAAGCGCUGUUGGAGAGUGAUUAUAAUGCGCAUCAAGAUCGAAUCGAAAGUCUUCAUAAUCAAGCAAAGACAUUCAGUGAGAGUGGUCACUUUGAUGCACCAGUGAUUCUUCGUAAAGAAGAGGCACUUCGCAAUCGUUACAACGCGCUGCGUGAUCCACUGAAUAGUCGAAAGGCGAAACUGGCCGAAUCUCUGCAAGGCAAUCAGCUGUUCAGAGAUAUUGACGAUGAACUGGCUUGGAUUCGCGAAAAAGAACAAAUCGCUGGCAGCACCAAUAGAGGUUAG